AUGGCCACCCUGUCAUCCGACGAGAAGGCGCGGAAGCAACCUCAGGGUGAGGUGCCCGUAGGGCCGAAGAACAAGGUUCCCCCUGCCCCCGGCGAGGCCUAUGGGGUCAGCAGCCCCGAUCCCAGGGCCUCCGUCCCCUCGGUCUCUAGCGGUCUUUCUCCAUCGGGUGGUGGCGCCCCACACAGUGGCACAGCAGGUUCCUCUGCCUCCGCCCUGGCUGCUGCUGUUGGCGCCAUUUCGAUCAACGGCGAGGGCCCCGAUCUGCCCUCUACGGCUCGUGUGCAGGCGAGGGAGCGUGCCGACCUCCAGGGCAGCCGCAGUCCCCACGCCGAGCUGAGAUGUGUAGUGCCCGGAGCGGGCCAAGGUCUCCAGGCCUCACACGCAGGUGGCGUGGGCACCGUGGUGCAAGCCAUGAGGGGAGUUGGCCAGGCCAGCGGGCCUUCGACCCUGCCCACAAGCCUGGGGAAAGGCCGUGGGAGGAAGCAGCUCGGCCGCAAGGAGACUGCCCAGGCUCAGAAGCCUCCAGGGUGUCGCUGUCUGUUUCCUGGGCUUCUUGCGCCUCAGUGCCCCAUGCCUUCGCCGCCAUCUUCUCCGGGGCCUCAGCCCAGCGGCCGUCGCCGUUCUCGGGCUUCUCCGUGGGGUCAGGCAGCCCAGCCAGGCCCUGCCCUCCGAAGUCAGGCCAGAGCACCAGGCCCAGCUCUCCGCAGUCAAGCAGCCAGGCCAGGCCCUGCCCUCAGUGGCUGCGCCACCCCGCUAGGCAUUGAUCAUCUCAGCCGUGAAUCUGAGCCAGGCCCUGCUCGCCGCCGUUGUCGCCAUGCACCUGAGCCAGGCCCUGCUCGCCGCCGUUGUCGCCAUGCACCUGAGCCAGGCCCUGUUCGCCCUGCCCCUUCUACCUACACCACCCCGCCACGCUCUCCUCUCGGCGGGCAAGCAGCCAGGCAAGGCGUUGGCCAUGGAAGCUACACCGCUCCGCCAGGCCCUGCUCUCCAUAGCCAUGCGUCCGGGUCGGGCCCGGCCCUCCGUAGCCCUGCGCGCGGGUCCGGCCAGGCUCUUCACAGCAAUGCCUCUGCACAAGGCCCUGCUGGCCGCCGCCGUCAUUGCUGCCGUGCCACCGCACCAGGUCCUGCUCUUCAGAGCCCCACAACCAGGCCUGGCGAGGCCCUCUGCUGCCCCGCAGCCCUGCCAGGUCUGGCUCUUAGCAGUCCUACAUCCCAUCCGGCUCCUCUUCGCUGCAGCGGUGCAUCCUGUCGAGGUCCUGUUCUCCACAACAGAGCUACCAGGCCAAGCCUUGCCCUCGAAAUCCACGCCUCCCCUCCGGGCCCUACUCUCUGCAGCAGCCUCACAGCCAGUCCAGGCCCUGUUCUCCGGAGCCACGCCUCCACACUGGGGCCUGUCCUCCGGAGCCAUGUUACCCAGCAAAGAUCAGCAGUUCGCAGCCUCCCUUCUCCGCCUGGGCUAGCCGCCCAGAGCCUUUCUCCCCCUGGGUUCGCCUUAAGAAGGCUGGUCUUCCGCAGCAGCUCAAAUUCACCAGAUCCUGAGGUCCUGUGCUUUGCCUCCCAGCCUGGUCCUGCCAUCCACGCGAGUUCCUCCUCACCAUCCUCUCUUGGCGCGUUCUCUUGUCUCUUCCCUAGACGAUACAGUGAGAGCUUCUCCUCCUCCUCCCCUGGGUCUCUGGGCCUGAGCCCCUGUCCCUCCCCAGCUGGGUGUUCUGUCCUGACCUCCUCUUCCUCCUCCUGUGUGUUUUGCGGCCUGGGUUCCAGCUCCACCCCUAGCCCUGCUACCAUUAGGCGCACCUUGCUGCCAGCACUUGAUGCCCUGAGCCCUGUCUCUCCAGGAGAGCGGGCUGAAAUAGGCAGCACACCUUACCCACCUACACCUCCUAUGCUGUGA